AGUUAUAAACUCUUCACCAAAGAAACAACAAAAAUUCUUGUCUUAAACAUUACGUGUAAGCAUGGCGAUGUGUUUGAAGGAUUUGAUUAACUGGGUCGUAUCUUUUGCUGUUUUACAAGUUUUUCUGGAAUACGGAGAUGCCUCAGACUUUGAAUAUGAGUUUGUCACCUGUGGAUCAUCACUGAAACUUCUCAACCCCUACAACAAUGUACGCUUGCAUUCUCAUGAUGUCAAAUAUGGUAGUGGCUCAGGCCAACAGUCUGUAACUGGUGUAGAUUCAUCAGAUGAUCAUAACAGUUACUGGCAAAUACGUAGCAAGACUGGCGCCACAUGUGCACGGGGGAGUCCAGUCAAGUGUGGUCAGACUAUUCGGCUGAUGCACUUAGCAACAAAACGCAACCUCCAUAGUCACCAUUUCUCUUCACCACUAUCACAUAAUUUGGAAGUUUCAGCCUUUGGUGAGGAUGGUGAAGGAGAUGAAGGAGACCAUUGGGUUGUUGUAUGCAGUGGAAAAUAUUGGAGCAGGGAUGAAAGGGUGCGAUUGAAACAUGUGGUAACAGAGCACUACUUGCAUAUUACUGGAAAUUCAUAUGGUCGUCCCAUUCAUGGGCAGAGAGAAGUCAGUGGUUAUCCAUCUCCAUCAGAGAUGAACUAUUGGCAGGCUGCUGAGGGCAUCUAUAUCACACCAUCUGACAAGAAAGGGUCAUUACAAAAAGACCAUGAUGAACUUUAGUGAUUUGCAUUUCCAUAUGUAGAAAUACUGUUUUUCUUCACCUGGGAGAGUUUCUGUUAUUUUCUUGACUUUUCAGUGAAGUGUUAGACAUGUAAGUUCCAACAUUUUCUGUCAAAACUGGAAUUUUUUUUGUUGUUGUUGGAGUUGUUUAACUCUUGAUUGGCAGAAAUGUUUCCACCAUCUUUUAUUGAUUAUAGUGUGAUUGAAAAAAAUGCAUCAGUGUUAAAAACUGCCAUUUGUAAACCUACAGACCACUUUUACAUGGGAUGACAGGGUGGAUAUGUGAGAACAAACCAAAAGAAUUUCUAGGAUUCAUUCCCUGCUUCAUUUAAAAGAAGGGACUGUGUAAAAAUAUAUUGUAAAGCUGUAAAUCACUUAAGAUGGUUGAAAAAAAAGUCUGUUCAUUAAAAAUCCUACAAUUGCUCAGAAAACAUUGUUAUAGUUGUAGAUAUUAGGUUGAGUGCUAGACACCGAGGACUAAAUGAGUAAGAAUGGAGACUAAAGUAAAUUUAUUAUCCUGUAAUAAAAAGACAGCACUGGAGAAAAAUUCUACCUUUAGGAUAAGAACUAACAGUUCUGAUCUUUCAAGAAUUUUUACAUAAAUUGCAAAAAAAAAAAAAAAGUCUUGAACAGCAC